CUACCAUUGUGUCUCCGGCCUUAUAGGCGUCAUCACGAUGCGUGUACUGUAGCGUUUUUUUUUCCGAACGAGAGAAGCGAGAGUUUGUUUUGAGUCGAUAACGACGUCGGGCAUCGCUUUUCGUUAUUAUGGCAAUGCGCUCGGUUUGCGAGAGCGGCGUCGUUCCGCGUCGCCACGGUGAUGGAAUCGCGCAGCGGCGGUGAGCGUCGUGCGACGGGAUUUAAUUGAGCGGGACUCUGUGCGUGGCGUUUGUGCGUGUGCGACGAUGUCGCGAUGCACCGAGAGGCCUCGUCGCCUCGCAGAGCAACUCUGCUGUCGAGGAAGAGGCGCGUCUCUGUUCACCGUUUGCUUCCUCGCGUUGUGUACGCUGCCGUCGUUGUUUGGUCUCGCGAAUACCGCCGCCUUGGAGGUGAACGACAGGAUGGAUCAUUGUCCGGUCGAGUGUGCCUGCCUCGGCAAUUUGGUCGCCUGUACCGAUCUGCAAUUGAUCGAGGCACCCAGUGGUCUGCCACCGUGGACGGAGAUUCUAGAAUUAAAGGGCAACAAUAUUGCUAACUUGGAGUUCGAUUCACUACUUCACUUAACAAAACUCAGAAAAUUAGAUCUAAGUGCUAACAAACUCGGAGAUAAUUUUACCAUUGCCUUGUCAGAUAUUGCACAAUUACGCGAACUUAAAGUGAAUAAAAAUCACUUGACGCAAGUGCCAGAUCUUGUAUUCGUUAAGAAUAUUACUCACCUUACGCUAUCUCAUAACUUAAUUACUAGUAUAAAUGGAAAUGCAUUGCUCAGUUUGCAACAGCUUCAGUAUCUGGAUCUCAGUGGGAAUAAAAUAAGUGUCCUUCAAGAAGGAUCUUUCCUUGCUCCUAAUCGCCUUACGCAUCUAAACCUAAAUGCGAAUCACAUAACGGCCAUUGAAAAUGGGACUUUCGAUAAUUUGACUUCACUGGAAGAACUUCGUUUGAACAAGAAUAAUCUGACGCAGUUGAAGGAUCUGUUUACAAACUUGGGAAAACUACGGAUACUGGAAGUAAAUAGGAACAAUCUUCAACGAAUCCAUACAUUGAGCUUCAAGAGUUUGACGAGCCUGCAGGAAUUACAACUGAAAAGAAACAAGAUUGACACGCUGGAGGAUGGCGCUUUCUGGCCACUUAAAAAUUUGAUUCUACUACAGCUGGACUUCAAUAUGCUGACUACCAUAAAGCACGGGGGCUUGUUCGGAUUAAAUAAUCUGCAGAAACUCACUUUGUCGCACAAUCGGAUCGCAGAGAUUGAAUCUCAGGCGUGGAAUAUAUGCAGAGAAUUAAUAGAGAUAGACUUGUCGCAUAACGAAUUAGUUUCUAUAAACCGGACGUCGUUUGAAUUUCUCAUGAAACUGGAGAAGCUGAAGCUGAAUCACAAUCAAAUUACAUACAUCUCAGAAGGCGCGUUCAAUUUUACGAGCAGCCUUCGUAUUCUGGAACUUCAUUUCAACAAAAUAUCCUACAUAGUAGAGGAUAUCGGUGGCGCAUUUUCGUCACUCGGUCAGCUAUUCAAGCUGAAUUUGGCGCACAAUGGAAUAAAAUCUAUAAAUCAAAACGCUUUUACCGGGCUCACGCGCGUCACCGACCUCGACCUAAUGGGAAAUAACGUCACGUCCAUCCAAGAGAACGCGUUUCUCCCAAUGUCUAGUCUGAACAAACUCAAGAUGAAUACCCGAGCACUGGUUUGUAACUGUGGACUUCAGUGGCUGAGCAUAUGGUUACAAGAGCAUCGUAACAACGAGGCAGAACUGCACUGUGGUUAUCCACACUGGCUGCAGGGCAUGUCGUUAACUCAGUUACACCAAGGGAAUUUCACUUGUGACGAGUAUCCAAAGCCACGGAUCAUCGAGGAGCCCGGGAAUCAAAUGAGCAUUAAAGGGGAUAACGUGACGCUGGUUUGUCGCGCCACCAGUACCGCCGACGCGCCGCUUCAGUUCACGUGGAAGCACGACAACGUGCAAUUGGACAGCUCGUAUCUGCAGACCAACAUCGGUUCUUCCGAGAGCGGGGUGACCGAGGCAUCAUCCAUUUUACAUCUUAUCAACGUUACUCAUGCUAACGCGGGGCGAUAUCAGUGCAUGGUGACGAACAAUUAUGGAACUACGUACUCCGCCAAGGCCAAGCUAAGUGUAUUAGUUUUCCCGACGUUCUCUAAAAUUCCGCACGACAUACGAGUGACGGCCGGAAGCACAGCUCGCCUGGAGUGCUCCGCCGAGGGACAGCCACCGCCGCAGAUUGCCUGGCAGAAGGAUGGAGGGAACGAUUUUCCAGCUGCGCGGGAGAGACGGAUGCACAUGAUGCCAACGGACGACGUGCUCUUCAUCGUGGAUGUGAAGAUGGCUGACACUGGGAUCUACUCCUGCACCGCACAGAAUACGGCUGGCCUUAUCGUCGCAAACGCUAGUCUUACCAUAUUAGAAACGCCGUCCUUCGUGAAGCCAAUGGAGAACAAGGAAAUAAUGGUCGGCGAUUCGAUCGUGCUGGAGUGCAUGGCCAGCGGCUCGCCGCGUCCGAAAUUGUCGUGGCGGAAAGACGGCUGCGCGCUGCAAGCGACGGAACGUCAUUUCUUCACUGCCGAGGAUCAGUUGUUGAUCAUCGUCAACACGAUAGCCAGCGACGCCGGCAAGUACGAGUGCCAGAUGAACAAUUCGCUGGGUAGUGUCGUCGGUGCGUCGUACCUCACGGUCAAACCAGCGCCGACUUCCAUUGAAUUAGACGAGGGUGACAUCCUCGGGCUGAUAAUAAUCACCGUCGUAUGUUGCGCGGUCGCUACGUCCGUGAUCUGGGUGGUCGUGAUCUACAAGACCAGACUACGGCUGAAUUCCGCACAAGACGCUGACGCACAGCAACCGGCGAACGCACUCGCCGCACCGGACGCGCAAACGCAAUUGUAUCUGGACACGAGCUCGCAGCAUAGCAAGGACAGCGGGACCGGAGACAGCACUAACCCCAGCAACGAUCAACUGCAGUUGUGUCUACCCGAAGAAACCGCAACUAGCGCGGCCAAUAACGAAGAAGAGAUGGGAACCAUAAACGUCGACGAUCCGCUUUUACAUUACACGAAUCACGAACGACAUGCAAACGAAAUCGCCGAUAGCGUGGUGUAAAGCAGGGAAACACAAGCUGGGACACGCUGGUAGAUGAGGUAAUGCGCGUGACGUUUCCGCAGCCGGGACGGCAGCGAGAUUUCCCGCGCAGAGAAAGUAAAAGUAUUCGGGAACGCGACUUGUUCGAUCGGAGAUAAAUGUUCUGCGAGUCGUUCGAAUUGUAGCGAGCUGUAGUAUUAUAAGAAGCGAGGAUGCAACGCGCCAGUUCCACUGGAUCAGCGAAUCACGGCAUAAGUACAAGAGAAACGAUAGCGGUACACUCAUAACGUCAUCGUCAUCGUAUUUAUUUCUGACUCUCGCGACGCAGUGAAUCGGACGAUACGAAUUGUAAAUAGCUAAAGUAAGACUCUAUUGUAACUAGUAUUACCGUAGUGCCGGGCGUAGUGUGUGGCACAAAACGCAACGCUCGUACAAUCGUCGAGCGACGACGUCCCAGGGAAAGCUGGCGAAUCGUACAAGAAGAAGAGCUUGAGAAAGAAAACUCGUACGUUCAAGAGACCUUGAUUAUUGUACGACCGUUGCACGUUUUCACGUGGUCGUUACGAUGCGAGGACAUUACUAUAAAUGCCACAUACAUUAAACCUGCCUUUUGUGAUAGAUAUUUAUUCUAGAAUUAUUAUUACGUAAAAUUAGGCGGCUAUUUAUGCGAAUAUACAGGAAGUCAUUUUCAUCGCGCGGUUACAAGCGGGUGGACGCACAUCUGUACACCAAAGCGUUGACUUUAUAUACCUUGCCUCCUUUCAUUUCUUACUCAUCCGAUCGGGCGUGACAGGCAUCAAGCGGAUAUUCUGGAUUAAUUUAAUUCAUCUAUUGAUCAAAAUGUUGCUCACUAAUAGAUAUAUUGUGUUUCUAAUGGUCUUAAGCUUCCGUAGGCAUUUUCGUUAGUAUUAAUAUUUAAUAAGUUGAAUUGCAUAUGAGACUUUACGAAUAAUCUUCCAUGUACUAUUAUGUACAGUUGCUUUCAGUGUUUGAGUAGUGUUUAUCGGCAUAUCCCAGUCUCUUGUUAUUAGGAAAGAUGUAAAAAUUUAUUUGUUUUCCCUUGUGAUUUUAUGUUUGCAUUACCUUUUAUCGCGGUUUAUAUAACUGAUAGAAAAGAAUUAGACUGAUACCUCCAUUCUAUGAUGACGAUGUGUAGCGAAUUUUGUAAAACAAAUAUUUCGCAAUCACACGUCUUCUUCCGCCUAAAGAGAAAUAAUUUUUUUAAAUUUAUUCGACGUAACUUAAAUUUGUAAGUGCAUUUUAUUUCAUUGUUCGAUUCAGGUAUCGUAUACACUGGGAGAUCGAUGAAAUAAAAUUAGGAAGUGACAUUUUUAGAGAUUAGACUCUAAUAGGCUUUUUCGUAGUAUAUUUAUAGCAUAUUUGUAGCAGAGUUUUUACUUAUACAAAUUUAUAUGAAUCUUCGAUUAAUUCGAUAUACAUGUUCUGACUUUAUAAAGAGACAAAUUUUAAUGGCGCUCUUCUUCAAAGAAAGGAGAGAAAAAAUGUUGUUUACUAUGAAAGUUCGAACAAUAAUGUGCAAGUGAUUAUUAUGAGAAUAUAAAUUUGAAUGAAAGUCUUUACUGCACCAAGCGGAUAUUAUCGGGAAUAUAAACUUUGCGAUAUAUAAUCUAUAUAUUUUUCUAUGACUUAUAUUGCAAAAAUUGAAUCGCAUAAAAUUCGCACAAGACGAAGAGCCAGUACUACUACUUAAUUAACCGCAGUUGCGGAAUUCCUUCCACGAGUUAUGAUUAUAUAUAUAUACAUAUAUAUGCAUGUAUAUAUAUAAUGAUGAUUCUAAUCUAUACAAGUGUCUGAUAUGCGCAGAUUAUAAAGUGCUCAUUAUGAGUAAAAAUCAAGUAUUGUAAAAUAAAAAUAGUCCAUAAUAUUCCACUUAUUUGUGUAACUCAUACGUACUCAUAAUGAUAUGUAUUUAAUGGACGCGAGAGAGAACAAUUAUAUGUGAAUGGGCCGUGAAAAUCGAGAAUACGUUUCGUUUCAAUAAAGUCUGUGUAGAAUUUUCUCCUUGCUAACGAGUAACGAGUAUUACAUUGUAUAGUCAACGAAUAGAUGCUCUAUUGCGACAUGGUUUCUUGGCUUGCGCCCGUGUGAUACACCAAAUAAGGCAUCUGUUUUUCAUUCAGUAUUUUCCUUGUUGUUAAUAUAGUAUUGUGUACAAAUACAAAUAAUAACCUAUAACAUACUUUU